AUGAUGAGCCUCCGUCUGCCUCUUCUGGAAGACGGACUUGUCACCAUCUUUAGCGUCGACGCCCCCCUCAUGACCAGCUAUGAAGCGGCAAGGAAAAAAUUAUACGAGGACUUGCACGCCCUCCUGGCGACUGUGAAGAAGGUGGAUAAGUUGAUUGUUCUUGGUCACUUCAACGCCCGCAUCGGCACAGACUAUACUGCCUGGAGAGGAAGGCGGGGUCCUCAUGGCCUUGGCGGCCUCAAUAACAAUGAUCUGCUCCUCCUACGAACCUGCGCAGAACACCGCUUCUUAUUUACCAGUACUUUCUUCUACCCACCGACGCGGAAGAAGGUGACCUGGAUGUACCUUCGGUCUCGACACUGGCACCUGCUGGACCAUGUCCCCGUCCGAGGGCGAGACCAGUAG